AUGCCCACCACCACCAGAAUCAUUUCUGAUGCCCAGAAGUCAGCAAAAAAACUCAAAGCUGGAAACACACCCACAGAGAAGACCCCAGCCUAUGACUCAAAUAUCCCUGAACCCAAAUGCAGAGCUGAUCUCAUCAAAUACUGGAUCAACCUUUCCCUUGAUGACAAAACAGCCAAUAAGAGGCUGUGGAUAACAGAGAGUGGUAGUAAGGUGGCCCGUAUGACUGAUGAGGUCACGUGUCCUGUCUUGGAUAGACCAGAAAGAUAUGAGUAUUCUCCACAGGUUCUUUGCAAGGAAGGCAUCCUGGGCUUCCGAGGCUACUGGGAAGUGGAGUUUUCAGGAUGGGUCGUGGUCGGAGUCGCGUACGAAAGAGCAGGAAGGAGGAACAGAGAUGGAUCUUGCGGCCUGGGAGAGAAUGAGGAAUCCUGGGGUCUCGGCUGGAGUGGUUCAAGUUAUCAUGCCUGGCACAAUGGCCAGAGUUUCGAGAUCACAGGGAUUCCUAAGUCCUCUAUAAUGGGCAUAUACCUUGACCAACCGGCCGGUAUCCUCAAUUUCUAUGCUGUGGAGGAGGUGAAGGAGGGAGAGGAAGGCACAGGAGGAAAGGAAGUUAAAUGUUUGCAGCAGAUUAAGAGUUUGUUUAAAGAGAAAAUGAUUCCAGGUUUCUGGAUGGGGACACAGUCCCACUGUUUGAUCCUAAAGAAGGAGGAAUAA